CAAAAAAAAAAAACCAAACCUCUCCCCUUUCAACAUGGAACUCCAAGCCGACAAAACCCCACUUUUCGACGACGUCGAGGAAGACGGCGACAAGAAAACCGGCGAACUUUCCGACGACCGGAGCACCGUUCUGGGUCUUCACCUCUCAACAACAAAGCCCAGAAUUUUCUCAUGCAAUUAUUGCCACAGAAAAUUCAUCAGCUCCCAAGCUUUGGGUGGCCAUCAAAAUGCCCACAAACGAGAGAGGACUUUAGCCAAACGAGUUCAAAGAUUCCAUUGGGCGGCGGCCGCAAUUCCGCUUCACGGCGGCGCGUUUCACAGACGGUCGUUGGGAAUUCACGCGCACGCUCAGCAAAUUCAGAAGCCUUUGGGUUUUUUUGGUGGGCCUACUUCCUCUCCUCCAUUGUGGCCGAGACCAGUGUUUAUGGGUCAGCAGCCGGCGGUGGAGCGGCUGACUACGGCGAUUGGUGGCCGGAAUUUUGGGAGGUAUGAUGACGUGGCUAGAUGGCCGGCGAUUGGAGGCUCAAACGCCGGUAAUGAGAAUAUUGUUCAUUCUCAGACCAAACAAGAUCAAGGUCAGACCAAUUUCCUUGACUUGUCUCUUAAACUCUAA